AUGACACUUGGGAAUACUCAAACUCAAGCCUAUGGUGAGCCAUCGUAUUGGGACAACCGCUACACAGAGGAUCCUGGUCCCUUUGAUUGGUACCAAAACUACCCUUCUCUUUCACCUCUCCUCCGCCUCUACAUCCACCACCACCACCGCGUCCUCGUUGUCGGAUGUGGGAAUUCCGCGUUUAGUGAGGAAAUGGUUGAUGAUGGAUAUGAGGAUGUUGUAAACAUUGAUAUAUCCUCUGUCGUGAUCGAGGCUAUGCAGAAGAAGUAUUCCAAUCGCCCCCACCUCAAAUAUAUCAAAAUGGAUGUCCGAGACAUGAGUACAUUUGAAACGGGAUCCUUUGAUGCUGUCAUUGACAAAGGAACUCUGGACUCUCUUUUGUGUGGAUACAACUCUAAGCAAAAUGCUACUAAAAUGCUUGAAGAGGUCUGCAGGGUUCUCAAGGAUAAAGGAGUAUAUAUGCUGAUUACAUACGGAUCACCGGUUUAUCGACUACACUUGCUGAGAGAUUCAUGCUCGUGGACAAUUAAAUUGCAUGUGAUAGAAAAACUUCCAUUGGCAGAUAGCUCAGAACGUCAGACAUGGGACCUGACUUCUCCUAUUUUAUUUGACGAUGGAGGAUCCUUGGAAACUGUUAUAGGGAAGAAUGCCGACUUACACUACAUAUAUGUCUGUACUAAGGAUAACUCUGGGAGGUAA